GCUCAAGGUACUUUCGGCAUCGCACAACUCCCCGCAGCUCGAUGUUCCGAUGGGGAUCUCGCGGCAUGGUAUCCAAGAGCGCGAGUGAAGUGGAGGACGAUCGUCUUCUCGAUCAGCUUCAAACAGGUUUUGACGCGCAGAAUCGAAAGAAACGAGAGCAACAGGCUCCGUCCUGCGCGUUUUGCGACGACUCGGCGGCAACCAUAUCAUGCGUGGAUAAGUGCGGCGACGCAUUCUACUGCUCCAAUGAAUGUGUGUUGUUGGAUGCAAGGCGAUAUCGCUCCAUGUGCUUGAACCUUCGGCUCAGCAUGUGUGGAGCUGAAGGCACGAACGACGAGGACGGUGACAACGCUGGUGAGACCGCAAACGACAGCGAUGACUACGAAAACGAUGUCGAUGAAAUUUCGGACGACCCUUUCCCUGUGGAAGCAUCAAAAGAGAACUCGUGGAAUGCUCCAAACGGCGACAUGGAGUUUACUCUGAAUGUCGAGAAUUUGCGCGUCGCGUCGACGCAAGACGACAAAUGUCUGCAUCGAGUCGAAUCGAUCCAAGUGACUUGUCCACAUUGCGACGAAAUCGCGGUGAUUACGUCCAAAGUUCUGCGGCGCGAGGACUCGAAGCAAAAGAUCUCGACUACGUGCAUAUGCGGCGAAGUCGUUGGGUUUUGGAUCUAAUUCCUUGUUGUCACUAUUUCCUUUCUCGAUGGAAGUCAACCCAAUGACCAGAAAGACAUCUGCGCGAUGGAGCCACACACUGCAAGUGUCGUCGCUCUAUUCA